AUGUCCAGCUGCAGUCUACGACCGCUGGAGAGUGCCUGGUUCAACCUGGGCCUCAAGAGCAAUGGAGAUGAGGACGACGAAGACGAUGACGAUGACGACGACGUCGUCCGACCACCGUCGGACUAUAAGGUCCAAAGAGUUGCAAGAAAUGCCGUCAUUUUCAAAAUGACAAAUGCCGUGUGCGUAAGCUAUAAUGAAUCCUGGAUGAUAAUCCAUAACUGCCGCUUGAAGGCCGUUCAACGUGAUCGAACUACAUUCAACUUUAAUGGAACUAUAUUGAGAGAGGCUCGUGAUAUUGAAUUGCAUAUGCAAGUAUUCAAAAGAGCCAGCGGCUAUAAGCCAUGGCUAUUUCAUGUAGAAGUGGAUGCCUGUCGCUAUUUACGUCGGCCAUAUAAUCCAUUUGGUAUAUUGGUAUUUAAUCUCUAUAAAGAAUUUACCAAUUUUAAUCACUCGUGUCCGUAUAUUGGUACACAAAUUGUGAAAGGUUUUUAUUUGAGACCCGAAUUACUAAAGUUACCCUUACCAUCGGGGGAUUAUCUAUUAUCAAUUAGAUGGCAUUUUGAUAAGAAAUUGCAAUUUGAUACGAAUGUCAGUUUUCAGUUUGUCGAGGAUAUUGCUCACCACCAAUACCAGCUCAAUUGCUACCAGCAGUGCCAGUACGACUCAACAAUCGGCACGGAGGAUACGUCACAAGCGACGUUCAUCGCAAAGACGGCUGCCAAUUGGAAUUGGUGGACUGGUAACGGGUAA